GGAAAAAGUAAAUCAAAGAAAACGUGUUAAGUUGGGUAUAAUAAGAGUUUAUAAAUAAUUAUUUAUAAACUAAUAAUUUGUAAACAAAAUAUAUAAUACUAUAAUUAAAUAGCUUAAAGAAAUUAAAAUAUAUAUAAGAAAUGCCGAAAGUUCGAAGCACUCCAGGGAAACCUCGUAAAGAAGGGUUUUCGUCAGGAUCACAUCAUUCAAUGAAUCCGGACCGACCGAAAAGCUCUUUAAAGGGUGUAGCUCAUCCAAGGAGCCAAGCUACAAUAAAGCGAUUGCAGAUGUACAGAAACUUCAAAGCCAAAAGAGAUAAGAGAGGAAAGAUUAUUUGUCCAGCUCCAUUUCAGGGGCGAUUAAAACCUGGAACUGUUGCUCGAGUUGAACCUACUCCUAAAUGGUUUAGUAAUUCAAGAGUUAUUUCGCAAAAUGCUCUACAAAAGUUUCAAGAAGAAAUUGGAAAAGCUAUUAAAGAUCCCUAUCAAGUAAUUAUGAAACCAACAAAUCUGCCAAUCACUCUUCUACAAGAAUCUGCUAAAUACAAAAGGGUACAUUUGUUAGAUACCGAGAGUUAUGAGAAUGUUUUUGGACCAAAAAAACAACGUAAACGCGUUAAUUUAAAAGUUCGGGAUUUAGAUGACUUAAGAAAACAUGCCGAAGAGGCUGCUGAGAAAUAUGAUAUUUCUAAAGAUACUGAUAUUGUACAAAAUGAUGAUGGUGUUAGGAAUGCACCGCGAGAUUGGGUAUUUGGUGCUGGGCAAAGUAAACGUAUCUGGAACGAGCUACAUAAAGUUGUUGAUUCAUCUGACGUAUUACUUCAAGUACUAGAUGCUAGAGAUCCAAUGGGAACAAGAUCUUCCUACAUUGAAAAUUUUCUUAAAAAAGAAAAACCUCAUAAACACUUGUUUUUUAUCUUAAAUAAGGUUGAUUUAGUGCCUACAUGGGUAACACAAAGAUGGGUUGCAAUUCUAAGUGCAGAGUACCCAACCAUAGCAUUUCACGCCUCACUUACGCAUCCAUUUGGCAAAGGUGCUUUGAUUAAUUUAUUAAGGCAAAUUGGCAAACUACACAUGGAUAAAAAACAAAUAAGUGUAGGUUUUAUCGGUUACCCCAACACUGGAAAAUCUUCAAUAAUAAAUGCAUUGCGGAGUAAGAAGGUCUGCAAUGUUGCCCCAAUCGCUGGUGAAACAAAAGUAUGGCAAUAUAUUACUUUAAUGAAAAGAAUAUUUCUGAUUGAUUGUCCAGGUGUUGUGUACCCUUCGGCUGAAACUGAUGUUGAAAAGGUUUUGAAAGGUGUCGUGCGAGUUGAACUAGUGUCAGAUCCUGAGGAUUAUGUAGAAACAGUCUUACAGAGGGUUAGAAAUGAAUACAUUCAAAAAACUUAUAAAAUUGAUCAUUGGUCUUCUCAUAUCGAUUUUCUUGAGCAAUUAGCUAAAAAAACUGGAAAACUUUUAAAGGGAGGUGACCCAGAUAUAACGGCAUCAGCAAAAAUGGUUUUAAAUGACUGGCAAAGAGGGAAAUUGCCAUUUUAUGUGGCGCCUGAAGGUUUUGAAAAACCAAUAUCAAAAACGAAUACUGUUCACAAUGCUGAAAAAGAAAUAGCAUCAAAUAAUACAGAAAUUCCAAAAGAAGUUGAAACUGUUCAAAGAGCUAAGGAAUUAAAACAAUUGCAAGAUUUUACAAAAAUUAAAGUAACGUUAGAUUUUGAACCGAAUGAUAUAAAAGAAUUAGAAAAAAUUGAUUUGGAGAUAACUGAAAAAAGAAAAGAGAAGAGAAAAAAAGUUCCAAAUUUAGACGAAGAAAAUUCUUCAGACGGGGUUAGUGAUUUUUAUUCGGAAGAUGAAUAUGAUGAAGAAAAUGAUAGGGUCUUACACAAAAAAUCAAAAUUAAGUAAGGAAAAAACGGCAAGCGGAGAUUUUAUUGUAGAAGAUUUAAAAAAUCAGAAGAAAAAAUUAACUUCCAAAGAGAAAAGAGCUAUUGAAAGAAGUCAAAAGAGAAAAAAAAUUGGAAGUUGCUUUUAUGAAGUAACAAAUGUUAAAAAUCGGAAUAGAAAUAAAAAAGUUAAAGAUAUUUAAUGUUUUAUACAAAUAAAAUAUUUUGGUA